GACGAGGAAGAAAAACAUUUCUCGCGGUUAAAGUUGAUUUGAGUUGAUUUCGUUACAUAAUUGUCCGACAUGUCGACCACACGUACAAAAAACACAAGAGAAGAGGCUGAAAAAGUGAGAUUAGCCACGGAUGUAACUCCUCUGACGUUGAAGGAAGCAGUUCGACGGUCAGAACGACCGACCCGUAAACGCCUCAUCUUCUCUCCUGAAGAAAAUCUUGUGAAAACCUCGAAAAAAUCAAGGAGGACUAAAACAGUACACACAAACACACUGAAAAAGAGCAAGGUCGAAAAGCAAGAGGACUCUGAUAUUGAAAAUAGUGAUGUGGAGUGUGCAUCUGAUGUAAAUGGAGGACUGUCAGCGUAUGAACUAGAACGCCUGGAGAACAUCAGACAGAACCAGGCAUUCCUGUCUGCUAUCAAUCUGUACCAGGCAACAGAGACACUGAGAGAGUCAACUCGGCCAAAGCCUUCACAGAGGGGUCUCAUGAGCAGGUCAAAGGCUGCUCCAAAAGAUGUCCUUCCAUCCCGCAAAUCACUGCGUCUUCAAAAUAAAGAGGCAGAGAUUCCACCAUCACUGCAGGAUCUGAGAGCAAGUCUGCCAGAUGAAGAGACUCUAAGGUUUUCCAAGAAGCCACCUGGCCCUCUGCCUGUGGUUCCACUGAAUGUGGAAGAAGGAAGUCGUCUGCCUUCAGAACUCAUUGAGCUCUGUGCUCAGGUCUCUGUGGAACAAGAGAGGGCGAAGCUUAAUCAGAAAGAAUACUGUGCUGUCCUUAAGACCAUGAAGAUAACUGAAGCUAAAGUGGCUAAAGUGGUCAAAGAUCGCAUCACUUGUGCUGCUUUCAACCCCUGCACCUCUAGCCUGUUAAUGGCCGCAGGAGACAAAUUUGGAAAACUUGGACUCUGGAACCUGGGCAGUGAUUGGGGCGAUGAUGGUGUGCUGCUCUUCGAGCCCCACUCUCGUGCAGUGGGCUGCAUGGCCUUCUCUAAUGCUAAUCCGGUCCACCUCCUGAGCCUCAGUUAUGAUGGAUCUGUGCGCUGUAUGGAUGUAGAGAAGGCUGUCUUUGAAGAUGUGUAUGACAUGAAUGAUGACGCGAAAACCUUUGAUUUCAUGACACAUGACUGUAUGACACUGGUGGUUGGUAGCUGGAGUGGACUUGUUGCCAUUGUUGACAGGCGCACCCCUGGCAACUCUCAGGAGUCUCUCCACAUAUUGGACCCCAAGUGUGUGCGUUGUGUGAGUGUGCACCCUGUGCAAAAACACUAUUUUGCUGCUGCAGAAAACAGGGUGGUGAGCAUUUAUGACAGUCGGUGUCUGAAGAAGACCCAAAACAAGGCAGUGUCCCAGCUGCAUGGCCAUUCGCUCAGCAUAUCCAGUGCUUAUUUCUCCCCUUGGACAGGAAACAGUGUUCUUACCUCUUGCAUGGAUGACAAGAUAAGGCUCUAUGACACUUCUGUAAUGACUGCAGACACUCCACUGCUCACAUCCAUCAGCCACAAUAUGCACACUGGCCGCUGGUUAUCAAAACUGUCGGCAGUGUGGGACCCUAAACAGGAGGACAGCUUUGUCGUGGGCAGCAUGGCAAGACCUCGAACGGUGCAAGUGUUCCAUGAAAGCGGUAAACUCCAGCACUCCUUCAGAGAUAACAAACAUCUCACCACAGUUCUGUCCAUCACUGCCUUCCACCCCACAAGGAACGCCUUACUGGGUGGCAACGCUUCAGGGCGUCUGCAUGUCUUCUCUGACUGAGUUACAGGGAUGGCCAUCAUUGCACAAGCUAGAAAGAAUGUUAGGAAGAGUUUAGUUAGACUUAAGGUGUAUAAAUUACACGGUGUAGGCAGGACAUAGAGUAGAUAGAAGAGUUGUAUCAUUUUAAUAAUGCACAAAUACAGCUCUUGGUUUUUGUUUUUUUGCCAUAAGUUGGUGAGAAUCUCCAGUUUUUGUCAGCAUUGUCAAAACUAACAUCCUUUUCUUGUAGUGAAAUGUCUCUUUCUGCUCUUUACGUUUUGUUCACUGCAAUCAGAAAGUGGCUCGUGAUGUUUUUAAAGAUGCACCGCAUGCAGGAUUUGUGUGUUGUAUUUCAGUGUAACACCAUGAGCUUGGUCUUUGUCACUAGUCAUACACACAUACAUGUGCACUGCUCUAGUGAGUAGGUCAUUCAAAGGCUGUUCAGAUUCAUCCAUUGAAGUGAUGAGACAGAUGUGAUUUUAGAGGAUUGUCCAGUGAAGUGUGUUUGAAAUCGCACUUGAUCUUAGAAAUGCAGUGAAAAAUGCACCACAGAAUACAGAAUGAGAGGGAAAAACAAUGUUAAAAAUCACUGGACUGUGGAUGCUUCAUUAAUCAUCUAAUGCAAAACUAAAUUUGUAGUAAGUUUAAAUGUAAAACGUAACUGUCAGAUUUUGGCAGUCACCAGUCAUAAAUUCAUACAGUUCUGUGCCAAUGUUUUUGGCAUUUAAUCUCUAAAAUUUUUGAAAAUGAAAUGAAUCCUGAAUUUAAGACAUUGAAUACUUAUUACAUGUAAAUAAGAUACUUUUAUCUUUUAUUUAUAUGUAAUAUGUAUGGGUAUUUUUCAGCUUGCAUAAUUUGGUUUUUAAAUUAAUUUUUUUUUUUGUAAUUUCAUUGAAUGACCACCAGCUGUGUUUUAUUUACUUACAAAUGAAUGAUUAUUUGAAAGUGUUUAUCUUGUUAAUUUCUUUACUGAAAGAGAAAGCACUUUACAUUAGACUUUUGUUAGAUUAGUAAUAUGUCCAUUUUGAUUAAAAUUUAUUUUCUGUUUUCCCGCUAGUGAUAGAGCACUCAAAAACGUCACUUUGCAAACCAGAUCUUUGCACAGUGCUGUGGGUCUCAAUUAGUUCUACAUAUUGUGCACUUUCGCAUUUUCUUAUUUCUUUAAAAAAAAAAAAAAAAUUUUUUUGCCAAUGGUUCUCAGUCCAUCUCAGUUGCUGCUCAUUUUCUGUUCCAUUAUGUUUUAUUUUAGCUGAUUAGCUGGCCCACUGAAAACCUAAUUCUGACUAAUUGGGUGUGGGAACAGCGGGGGACAAUUAGGACUGUGCAGUCGCCUGAUUGGGAAGCACUUUUCUGUUCAGCAGUGCUCAAGAGAUGGCAAGUCUUUGACAGUCUUGUAUACUCUGAGGUCUUUAUUUGGUCAUUUAAAGACAUUUACACAGUGAAGCGCCUUGUGUUGUCUCCUCAAAUUUUCCUUAUUCUGCAGGGUUGCAGAUUUUCAUCCAAGAUUUAUCAGAUUUUUGGUGAAUUCAUGAUGUUCUGUUUUUGGAAACCUUUGUCUGGACCUGAUGAGGCAGAACACAAACAGUCACUGCCAUACUUCAUGACUGAGAUGGACCAAUGUGACCUUUCUCUGCUUCAUGGUAGGAACAGUGCACGUCUGCUGCUCAGCAGUGGUUUGUUUUCUCUGUAAUCCAACAUCAUUUCUGAGGAUCCUCUGUAGUUUGUAAAAUUCACAUGGCAGGUUGAGAGUUCUGCAGGCAGUGAAGGUGGCUGAAAUUUUUUGAUGUGGACUUUCCUGCUUUCAUAUUUCAAAUUGGUUCGGCUUUGAAUGUCAUAUUUUUGCCUGUUUUCCAUGUCUAAGUUAAUGGUCCUGUUGAUUUUCUUUAACUACAAUAAUAAACAAUUUAUUUAUAUACCAAC